UUGUAAAUAAGAACAAAUGCUUAACCGACUUGCCUAGUUAAAUAAAAGUUACAUUUAUGAGACCAGUCUGAUCGCAAUUGUGAAAUUUGACUAAAUAAUGUUAGUCAACAACAUUAACAAUGUUACAGAUUUUAGCAAAGUGGCCUGUGUUUUUCUUUACUCUGUAACAACGUAUCUAACUGAUUGAGCUAAGUUGUUGCUAGUCUGAUUAAUCAGGUUGUACUACACAAUUAAUUGGUAGUGCCAGAAACGAAUUCCUGCAGAAUCGUGGUGAUGUUCCUUACAAGCCAGAAUGUUGAAUAAAAUGUCAUUUGAACGUACACUACCGGUUGUCUGUGCGGUUUGUCCUUCAGCUGCUCAUCCUCCCCUAAUUCAGAAUAUACCAUUUUCAUUAUCAUGGCAUGCUUGGUUCAAUAGCUUUUGAGGAGAGAUAACUGAAUAUCCAGUAUAAAACUAAUAUGACCAUACACCUACUGGCUCUCUAAAAAAGUUUGGUUAACAAUACUUUCCUGUGGAUAUUUUGUCUCAAAUUUCCAGCAGCUGAAGGACAAACCGCUCGAGGUGGUUUAUAAUUAACCCAUGGGACACUUCAGUGAUUACUGGUUACUCAACUCUGUUGAUAACUCCACGGAUGUAAGAGCAACAGACAUCAUCCACCAUCCCACCCACACAAAUCAACAUGACCUCCCAGCAGGCCAACCCUUUGCCGGCAUUCAAGAGCCCCGCUGACCCCAGUCCAGACUACUUCUCCUGGGUCCUUCGCCUCCAGAUCAUCAGCCUGGGCUUUGCCUUCUACACUGCCAUCUUCCUCCUCUCCCACCUGGUGUCCACAGCCCUCUCCCAGACCUACCACUCUCUGCUGGCCAAGGAGAAGGUGUUCUGGAACCUGGCUGUCACACGGGCCGUAUUCGGCCUCCAAGGCACGGUGGCAGGCUUACGAGCGCUGACCGAAGACUCGGACUUGUCAAGGGACAGGAUAAGAGGUCAGGAGGACUGGUCGUGGUUCACCGUGCUCAUCGCCACGGGCUUCUUCCUGUUUGAGAAUGUGGUGCUGCAUCUCUCCAGUGUGGUGUUCAGGUCCUUCGACCUCGCUCUGGCUACCCACCAUUUCUUUGCCCUGUCGGGGUUCACUGGGGCCGUGGUCUGGGACUCACUAGGGCAUUACCUGCCCAUGGUCACUCUGCUGCUGGAGAUGAGCACGCCUUUCACCUGCAUCUCCUGGAUGUUACUAAAGGCGGGCUGGGCGAGGACCCUCUUCUGGAAGGCCAACCAGUGGGUGAUGGUCCACAUGUUCCACUGCCGCAUGGUGCUUACCUACUACAUGUGGUGGGUGAGCUGGAGCCACUGGGGGGAGAUGAACAUGUACAUGGCUCUGCCCCAGCGAGUCCUCUUCUACACUGGCCUGGCCCUGCUCACAGGGCUCAUCAACCCCAUCUGGACACACAAGAAGACCAUGCAGCUCCUCAACCCUGUCGACUGGAACUUCAGCAACAAGCCAUUGCCCAACGGCCCCAGUGGGGAACGGGAAGAGAAACCUCAUGAGAGCUAAACGGAGCCAAGGACUGUGAACCUGUUUUGUACAGUUAUGUUUCUUUUACUAUGCUUGUAAAGGAGAGGAAGUGUGAUUCAAAGUGAGAAAUAGUCCAACUCUGGCUUUUAGGUUUGUAACGGAGAGGAAAGGCCAUUUUAAAAUACUAUUUUCUUACUAACUCUGGCUUUUAGUGUUUGAAGUAUUUUGAGGAUUUCAAGUUUAACUGAACUACUGUGUUUAAGGUUCUCCGUAUAGGUCUGUUGUCUCUACAAAACGUGGGUGAAAGGGCCUUUGACGACAAGAAAUGUCAUAGGUGAACUUAGUUUUAUAGUAGAAAAGUGUUGGCCUGACCCGUAUGCCGUUGAUUAUUCGCUGUUUUUGAUAGUAUUGAGUGGGAGUGCAGAUGAACAGAGAGAAAGGCAUGUUAUUGUUCUGUCUACUCAGUUCAGCUUCCAGCAGAAAGGUGUGAAUGUGCUAGUUAACCUCUCUGGAAUGGGGUGUUGGCUUGUUUGAAGUUCCCUGAUACGCCAGUGGUCUUUGCACUUACGGGUAAAGAGUGUGUGGUCACUCAAACACUAUGUGCUGAGCACAGACCAGUCCAUGAGGCAGCAGAUUUACUCGCUGAGAACAAACUCAGUGACAGACUGAGACUGGAGAUUGGAGACUGGGUCACGAUCUGGCAGAUGAGGAAAGUCUCACAGCUUUCGAACGUCAUUGGAAGGAAAGCAACUUCUUUCUGUAUCAUAAAAAAUGCUUUCUGACUUGCUUCAGAGUAGACUGUAAUGUGUACCGGUAGUGUUGUGUGCUCUAGUUUAAUCUUUAUCAAUUCAUAUAAUUUAAUCUUGAGAAAAUGGUUCCUGUAUUCUGUGGAUGUCUGAGUUGUAUCUUUGAUAGUGGGGUUGACUUAAUAGUAUAGACUCUGGAUGCUGUGAGAAGCAGUGCUGUUUUCAGCGGGGGUCACCAAAGGGAGUGGAUAGACUAAUAACAAGCACCACGGUGCAGGCCAAAUGGAUGGUGAUGUCUUCCUUUUGUUACUUACCAACUUUCUCUACCGCUGAUCUGUCGGAAAAUGAAGUUGGGGGUUAAUUCUUUGAGUAAUCUCUCCUUUGUUUGCUGUCUCCUAGGACCUUCUAUAAACCUGCAAAUUAGUCUUAAGUUGACAAUUUAAAUCCAGUUCAUUCAAGAUUCACGUGAGAUGGAGUGUGUGAGUUUGAACCCUUAACCUGGUUGUUUGUGGAUAAAGAUGAAUUUCAGUCCUGUAGUCUAGCAUGGAGCUUUUGGAAACUACCCACCCACAUUGAACUACAUCCAGACUGCUAUACUGUACUUCACAAAUCCUCUCUUGACUUGAGAGGUGUGGAAAAUAGAAUAAGAAUAUCAAUGGUACAAACAACUUAUGACACCAAGGCAUUACACUGGUGCGCAUCAUGGUGAUGUCAUUAUAAAUAUCGAAUAGCUCCCCAUGUGUUUAUGCUAGAGACUUACCGUUUCUUGCGGUGGCUGCAGCUCAAUCCCCUCCUUCUGAUUUAUAAAGCUUGCGCAUAUUCCAUAAAAUGGGGCUUGUGAAAGUGGUAUUUUUCUACACAAAGGAUCCAGACAAGAAAAUAGUCACGAAAUCAUCUGUAAAACCUGAACUGUUUGAGCUACAAACUAAAAAGUCACCCCCAUGGAAAGAUGAGACUUUCAUGAACACGACGGUGUCAUAUGUUUUGCUCUUUGACACACGCUUCAGGAGAGUCGUCUGAAGGUAACUCUGGACCGGCCUGUAAAAAUGGCCCAACGUGCUUUGGGUUAAAAUUCCCAUGAAUAAAGUGACCAAACAUGGGUCAAAUUUUUUAUGUCUCUCAGAUAUAGGAAAAACACUUCAAAACCGUAGUCCUUUUGACUGUGUUUUGCCAUGUACAAAUGUUAUUCAAUGUGUUUUUUAUGGGCUAUAGCGGUAAAGGCCAAAUUCAAUGUUUUAAUUCAAUAAUUUAUAUAUACAGUAUUUAUACCUACAGGGGUCCUAAAAUUUGACAUGUUUGCCUGGCAUUCAGAAUAUAGCAAUACAAUAAAGAAAAUGUACACAGUAGCUUUAUUUUAAUUGGUUGAUGCCAGCUUUAACCAAAUACAAUGGAGGUAUUUAUGGGUUCCAAACUUGAUUAUUUGUUUUUCCAGUGGGAUUUUUGUUGUUCUUUCUUUAAAGGUUUUCUACUACGAUACAGUCUAAUUAGUUCUGAGCUUGUAUAUUAACAGUGUUGGAUUUGCCAUUGAUUUCUACUAUUGUCUGUCAGUAUGAUGUUGUGUGAUGGAUGCUCACACAUUGAUAGUGCCAUUUUCUCAGACUACCACUCAAAUCUGUUCACUUAACAUGAGCUGUCAAUAAAACCUUUAACAUCCUC